GUGUUAUCUAUUAUAGUUUAGUCUGUUAGUGGUGUAAUUUAUUAAAUGUUACAAAAAUUGUGAGAGUGGAUGGAUUUUCGUAUCGUCGCCAUAGUUGGGAUGUCCGCGCGAUCCACGAAGUCAUUGCUGCUGUUCUUGCUAAGCAUUUGCAAUGGCUCAAUAUUAUCAAAUAGUUGGGCAAGGACCUUCAUUGACACUUGAAGAUUUACAAAGAUAUUGUCCUAAUAUAUGUUUGGAUGGAAUCAUAGUUAACCAAGAAGACCAACAGUUUGGCCAACAACAGGUUGUAGUGCAACAAGCAGAUACAUCUAGUGAUAUAAUUGUGAGCGAAGGUGUCCAACCUCAACUAGUUGUUGGAGAUGGGUUGCCUUAUCAACAACAAUAUAUCAUACGUCAUGAACCUCAGCAACCUACCAGAACAGAAUUCCAACCCCAACAACAACAAAACCAGCAGCAACAACAACAGCAACAGCAACAACAGGCCUUGCAUAGACAUCAGGUAUACUACACCUCUGAUUUGCCUGUGGAUGCUCAGGUUGUGUUGCAACAGGCCCAACAGAUCAUUGAUGCAUCUCUGAUGCAACAGUCAUCACCUCAACAUCCGCAACAUCAGCUUGUCAGUCCUGGCCACGUAUUGUCGCAGCCCACUGUGAUACAUCCAGCACAGCAGCCGCCGCCUCAGCCCCCACCCCAAGCGGCCACGCAACAACUAGGACCACCACAAAACCAACAGCAAGCCACACAGCUGACUAGAGCCUCUCCACAACUAAUCCAACAUCUUCAACAGCAACACCAACAACAAAUCCACUUACAACUCCAACAACAACAGCAGCAACAACUGCAACACCAAUUGCAGCAACAACAGCAGCAACAACAGCAGCAGCAGCAACAACACCUUCAACCCCAACAAAUACAACACCAACAAGUUGUCAUGCAUGCAGCAUACAUCAAUCAACAGGGUACACCAACACGGCAGCCAGCGCCUCGUCUACUGAAUCAAGCGCUCAACAAUACUCCCGGUCUGACCCUUGUCCGCACGCCGGUGAGGACGGUGCGGCCGCGGCGGCCACCGGCUCGGCCCGCGCUGGCGAGCCCCGCCGGUACGCAGGUCGCUAGACAUCUCAACCCACAGUUACAGCAGGCACAAAACAGUCCGGCGGGUGUGGGUCGCGGUGUGUCGGCGGCGAGCCCGGCGGGGGGGCGCGGCGGGCGCGCUGCACGACCCCCCGCCUCCCCGCGCGUC